AAAAAUCAAAGUGAAUUCAUACAAUUUAAAUAUAUAAUAAAUGUAUUUUUAAUUAAUUUAUAUUAAAAAAAUAAAAAUUAACAUUUAUUUUAAUAUUGUUGACAUAUUUUUAAUUAAUUAAUUAAUUAAUUUAAAGUCAACAAUUAUGUUUUUUGUGCAAAUUAAUUAAUUAUGCCACAUAAUAUAUUAUCUUAUGUAGUUAUUUUAGGGUCCGAGCAUGUCUCCUCCACGUAAAUUUUCUCAACAUUGGACCAUUGCAGCUUUGAGAAAGAUGGCCAAGAAGUCACCGGCUGACCGGCUGAUCCGCCGUGCCGCCAAAUCCCCUAUCUUCUCCACUCUGGCAUUCGCUGCCAUUUUGUUCUUCAUGUAUGCAGACACCCUCAUCUCUGGUUUGUCCACUAAGAACUAUGAUAUUCUCCAACCUCCACAGAUGACUAGUAAUCCAGCGGUCGAAGGACAAGGACAAGUACAGCUUCCAUUAACGUUGAAUAGUACGGUGCUGACCGUGGGCAUAACAGAGAGAAAGAUUGAAGAGGAAGUCGAAAAUGAAGAUCCUCUGAUUCCUCCUCCUAAAGCUUCAAUAGAAGAAAGAAUGGAAUGGUUCCGAGGAAAGCUACCGGAGCUCGAAAUUCUCAAAUCAAACAGGUUAAGCGAGAAGUUUCACGGCCGUGUUCUGGAGUUGUUCAACAACAACUGUUCGGCUCAGUUCUUCAUGGUGUGGCUUUCAACGGCGCAGUCGUUCGGACCGAGAGAAUUCCUGGCAGUUGACAGUCUGUUCAGCGCCAGCCCGGAUGGAUGCCUGCUGAUUCUAUCCAGUUCCAUGGAUUCCCCAAAAGGGUAUAGGCUAUUGAAGCCGCUUCUCGACCGGGGAUCCAACAUUCUUGCUGUCACCCCUGACUUGCCGUUCCUAGUCAAGAACACCCCAGCGGAAGCUUGGCUUGAUGAACUGAAGAGCGGGAACAUGGACCCCGGUUCUAUCCCCUUGUUCAACCAUCUCUCCGAUCUAAUCCGGCUUGCUGUUCUGUACAAGUACGGUGGAGUCUACCUGGACACAGACUUCAUUUUCGUGAAAGAUUUAUCAGGGUUGCGGAAUGCCAUUGGUGCGCAGAGUAUCAAUCCGGCGACCAAGAAAUGGACAAGAUUAAACGGUGCAGUUAUGAUCUUCGACAUCUACCAUCCACUUCUCGUCAACUUUCUGCAGGAAUACGCCACGACUUUUAACGGGAACAGGUGGGGACACAACGGACCUUACCUGGUUUCCAGAGUUCUUGAGAGGGUGAGGGAUAAGCCAGAAUAUAAUAUAACCAUCUUUCCACCCAAGGCGUUCUACCCAGUGGAUUGGAUUAAGAUAGCCAAGCUUUUUAAGAAACCGGAGACGGAGGCUGAUGAGAAGUGGGCGGAAGAGACGCUGGUUGACAUAAGCAGUGGAAGUUAUACGGUGCACUUGUGGAACAAGAGGAGUAGGGAGUUGAAGAUUGAGGAGGGCAGUGUCAUGGCGAGGUUGACUGCAGAUCACUGCAACAUUUGUGAACACAUAUAUGAUCCCUGAAGGGAUUAAACCUUGGAGCUUUCUUCUUUCUUGUUAUUACACUGUUUCUUGAAUAAGUUGUGGUUAGGGUU